UAUAUUUGUAUUGUUGGCGUCUAGUGAAGUCGGCGAGAAUCAGCAUGAAAGUGUUCAAACGGCUGCACAGAGAGGAAGGAAAGUAGGGUGCAUUGGCCAGUAGAUUCUAAAUUUUAUUUUAUAUAGCUUGAAAAUAUAAAACAGAGAUGCCUAAGAUAGCUUCUUAGGGGGUCUACACUGCUUGACACCGCUCUUAGCUCUUCCUCCUGUAAAAGCAGCUUGAGAACACCGUGUGCCUAACUCAACUUUGCAGAUAGCCGAUAAUGCAAAGAUCUUUCUAUCUACGGCAAAGGCUUAAGAGUGAUGAAAAACUUCUGUCGCUACUUAUUCUGGGACUGGAGCGGAUGAAGGGCUUCAUGACGUCAUCAGUACUGUGGACCUACUGGACUGUGAUGCUCUUAGUUUCAAUCGUGCCUUUUUACAGUAAUAUCAUUGAUGAGCUUGAGUCCAUAUACAACGCCAGCUUCGUUCUGUUCAAUGUUUACUGCGGGUUCCUGGUCCUGAGGUUCAUAGAGAAACGCUCCAGAGUCUACCAGGAUCUCUCGAAGAUGUUAUUUAUACCUAUAAAGAUGUUAUUAUUGAUAACAUUGUUUCAUGGAGCAACAGCUAUUGAAAUAGCCAAUUCCAGCAUUGAAGAGCAGUUACCAGUUAGCUGGACAAAAAGAAAUCCUAGAUCAAUAAAUAAACCACUAUUUUUCCUAGCGUUAAUUGCUACACUGAUAAUGACAGGAAGACUCCUUUGGAGAUACAGGUUUCUACUACAAAACAAAAUACGCUUAGCUCGGGGGAAUGGCUCUAGAACAGCAGGAAACAUCUCGGCACACCAACCACCGCUACAAGGCACAGAUGAUGCCGGUAGAGGCUCAUUUCCAAAUGGAAUUGACUUUUUGGUUGAUGUUCGCGCAGACCUACUUUUUGUAAUAGAUGGAUCAAUGAGCAUCCCCCGACAUCACUAUGAUAAAAUUGUACGUUUUUGUGCGCUGUUAAUAUGGAAGUUUCCAGUUCGUGAAAGAAAGUUAACAACAGCCUGUAUUGUCGUUUGUGACAACCCGGUGAUAAAAGGAAGAUUUAAUGAAUUUUCCUCUAGAAACGUAGCAGCAUUAGAUAUGUUAAAAAUUCAACAACCGAUUGGACAAACAGCCAGGGCUGACAGAGCCCUUCAAUGUGUGUUAAGCGAAAGGCUAUUUUCUACUGAGCAAGGGGCAAGUCCUAAGUCAGUCAAAAUUGUUGUCUUGGUGACUCAUUUGCAGCCUUCCCCGAUCACCCCAUGCAUUCGCAUAUCUCGCGAGAUUCGAAAAUGUGGUAUCAACAUAAUAGCAGUAGCUAUCGCUGGCAAAGAACCCAUUAUUGCCCAGUUGGUUGAAUUGACUGGUGAUGAGCAGAAUGUGUUUUCUACUCUGGACUUUGACAGUCUGCCACACCUGGACAAUCACAUACUAUCAAGAGCACGGAAGUUGUGCAAUGACGGCCUUUCAAUGGAUUAGCAGAGGCCCUAUCCAGCACAUGCACACAUUAAACACAUACAUUACAUGAAUACAUUAUAUACACUACAUACAUUACAUAUAUUACACAUAUUACAUAACUUACAUUACAUACAUUUCAUACUUUACAUACAUACAUACAUUUCAUAAGUAAAUACAUAACAUACACACAUUACAUACAUUACAUACAUUACAUUUCAUACAUUACAUUGUAUUUAAUACAUUACAUUGCAUUUCAUACAUUACAUAUCAUUUCAUACAUUACAUUAGGUACACUUGGCCGAUAGACAGUGCUACCCUAGCAGAAAUUAUGAGCACAGCGGUACAAGACCAAUGGUCUAUUAGCAGAGAGUUCAUUACGUGGGGAGUUUAAUAUAAUUAUGAUGCCGUUGGACCUUCAUCCGUCAACAAUUGUUUUCCGAGGACUAGCAUGCCGUCACGUCCCCCGACUGACUAUCUUAGCUGCUUUCAAAAUAAGUCGCAGCCGUCCUACGUGCAGCCACAGGGGAACUGUAUGUAUCCAAAUUAUGAAAUGCCAACCAGCUACAACAACCAGCCUUUCGCCAUGCCGAGUGUUAUGGCAACCAGCCCGUCGGUAUGCCGUAUAACUGUGUUAACCAACCAGUAGCCCCACCCUUGUUCAAUAGUUGCCCAAAGGUCGAGUUCCAAAGUCAGUCUUGCCCUCCCAUGCAAAUGGCAUGAUUUUACAAGGAGAACUGCCAUGACGGGAACUUGUGGAACGAGAACCAAAUCAGCCAGGGCUGUGUGCCAGGAUACCCACAGGACCGGUGUCCCGGGCCUGGUUCAGGCAGCAACAUAAUGAUGACUCAGACAACACAUAACACAUCGUCAAGACAGUACCAUUGUAGCCAACCCUUUGUCAAGUGGGUACAAUCUACAGCCUUGUAAACCAACCCUUUGUCAAGUGGGUACAAUCUACAGCCUUGUAAACCAACCCUUUGUCAAGUGGGUACAAUCUACAGCCUUGUAAACCAACCCUUUGUCAAGUGGGUACAAUCUACAGCCUUGUAAACCAACCCUUUGUCAAGUGGGUACAAUCUACAGCCUUGUAAACUAACGCUUUGUCACCUGAGAAAAUGCCUGCAGUCCCAGAAACCAAUGACGCGUCACUGAACAAAAACCUGCAGUGUUGCGGUCAAAGACCUUUUCACAUAAGCCUUGGCCAACACAAACAAUGUGCUAGUACCUACGUGCAAGUAAACAAAAAUCUUAUCUUAUAGACCUAGUUACACCUGUUAAUCUGAAUUUAAUUUUUAAAUAAACUCAUCUUAUGUUGUUUAGCGUGA